AUGAUCUCCUCAAUGCUCCUGGCUUUCCUUUUCCUGGCUCCGGCCACAGUGGCCACUUCCAGAGCUGACGGUCAGUGUCUGGCAUGUGCGGGGCCCACUUUGGACCUGGAGAGCCAGCGGGAACUGCUUCUGGACCUGGCCAAGAGAAAUAUCUUGGACAAGCUGCACCUCAGCCAGCGCCCAACACUGAGCCGGCCUGUGUCCAGGGCUGCUCUGAGGACCGUGCUGCAGCGCCUCCACGGGCCCCCACAGGGGGUGCUUCCCGAGGCUGACAGGGGGCAGGAAUAUGAGAUCAUCAGCUUUGCUCAGACAGGCCUCUCCAACGUCAACCAGACUCGUCUUGAUUUCUACUUCUCUGAUAGAACUGCUGGUGGCAUGGAGAUUCAGCAGGCCAGCCUCAUGUUCUUUGUGCAGCUCCCUCCCAAUACCACCCAGACUAUGAAGGUGAGGAUCCUUGUGCCAGGGCCACAUGACACCAACCUCACCUUGGCCACUCAGCACCUGCUGGAGGUGGAUGCCAGUGGCUGGCACCAGCUCCUCCUGGGGCCUGAAGCUCAAGCUGCAUGCAGCCAGAGGCACCUGACCCUAGAGCUGGUACCUGAAGGCCAGGUAGCCCAGAGCUCAGUCAUCCUGGGUGGGGCUGCCCAUAGGCCUUUUGUGGCAGCCCGGGUGAGAGUUGGCGGCAAGCACCGGGUUCGCCGGCGAGGCAUCAACUGCCAGGGUGGGUCCAGGAUGUGCUGUCGACAAGAGUUCUUUGUGGACUUCCGUGAGAUUGGCUGGCACGACUGGAUCAUCCAGCCUGAGGGCUACGCAAUGAACUUCUGCACAGGGCAGUGUCCACUGCAUGUGGCAGGCAUGCCUGGCAUUGCUGCCUCCUUUCACACUACAGUGUUCAAUCUUCUCAAGGCCAACACAGCUGCAGGUGCCACUGGAGGGGGCUCAUGCUGUGUGCCCACAACUCGGCGCCCCCUGUCUCUGCUCUACUAUGACAGGGACAGCAACAUUGUCAAGACUGACAUACCUGAUAUGGUGGUAGAGACCUGUGGGUGCAGUUAGUCCGUGUGUGGUGUGGGCAGCCCAAGGUGGGGCACACAAACAUGCCCUCACAGAGGUGCCCUUCCCUGAGAGGAGAGAGUGACCCCACUGCUGCCUCUGAGGAGGAGGACUCCCUCUUCCUGAGAAACCUAUGGAAAUGAUCCCAACUUUGACGUGAGGAGAUCUUCAUCUAAGAGAGUCACUGUACCGUCUUCAUGACCACCAGCCUCUCUCCUAGGACAUAGUCCAACUAGCUCCACGUGCUCAACCGCCACCCCAGGGACUCUGAUCCACCUGCAACCAUGAGC